AUGUCGAAAGCUUUAUGUUGCUACGCUUUUGAAACUCUCUACACUCGCUUAAAUCCAGAGUCAAAAAAACUUUCUCUUUCCAAGUACUACGACCAAUUAAAUGAACUGGCCUCCCAUUUUCGGUCGCCUGCUCCACUUUUCAUCACUUGGAACCAAGAUGACAGAUUAAGAGGUUGUAUUGGCACAUUUCUGCCUUUGUCAAUUGAGUCAGGCAUAAGUCGGUUUUCGUUAACAGCAGCUUUACAAGAUCCUCGUUUCCACCCAAUCUCCAAACGAGAGUUGAACUCGUCUUUGAAGGUUAGCGUUACCUUGCUAGACAAUUUUGUAGAAAUCAAUACCUGGGACGAUUGGAAAAUUGGUUUACAUGGUCUUCGCAUUUCAUUUGAAUACGAGAAUGAUUAUUAUCUGGGCACUUUUUUACCCUCUGUAGCGGAGGAAGAGAACUGGGACCAAACAACUACGUUAUACUACUUACUCAAAAAAGCAGACUACAAUGGCGUGAAGAAAGAUAGGGUCGCUCAGUUCUACACGAAUGGUUUGAAGGAGGGCUGGCUCACUUUAACAAGAUAUGAUGGGUUAAAAGACUCGUUGACCUACGACGACUUUUUAGCAAUUAGAAACAGCAUUGCAUUAUAG